GAGCUCCUCACCGACAAGCUGAUUGAAAGUAAAGUUGAGGCGGCCGCAGUCAUUGGAACUCUCUUCAGCGGUCCCUUUGAAGUUGGCUCCAUGGUGUUGGCCAGGGAGGGCAUACUUGAAGGCCUUCUCCUGCUUACUCAGGCCGAAAACAUUUCCUAUCAGGUGUUUGGGCUUCGGGAUCCAUGUCUCUCUGUCAUCUUUGAAAUUGCAGCUGUUUACUCUCCUCAGCUGACUUGGAAGUAUCGAAUAAUGGAACUAGAUGGAGGGCCAGCCAAACUCAUUGCCAUGCUUAAGGCUUACUAUCGCUCCACCACUGUACGAGUUCUGGUCUACAACAGUCUCUCUCAACUAUUCGAUAUCCAGUCUGGUGUCCGACAGGGCUGCGUCCUGUCGCACAUUCUGUUUAACUACGCCAUUGACUGGAUUCUCGGGAAGGCCGUACAUGAAGAGGACGAUGUUGAGCUGCAUCCCUGA